UACUACCACUACCUAAAUAUCUUAUUUUUUAAAGAAUAAAGUUGUUUUUACUUAGUACUUAGUUUUGUCAUUUUUUUUACUUUUUAGUAAAAAUCAUCGAAUGAACAAAUAAAUAGUGAGCAGUAAAUAGUUGGUACAGAAAUGGAAAAUGUUUACUAUUGAUUGGUGUGAGACAUGCUUAGGAAUAGGAUGGCAGUGAAAAUAAUAUAUUAGGCACUCAAAAAAUACACCUGGCACCUCCACUUCAACCCACAGGUUUUUUAUAAAAGGGAUCUAAUUGUCAUGAUUCAUGUUCACAAUACUGAUUGAAAAACAAACAAUAAAGAGGACAUAAAUCAAUAUGGAACGUAAUAAAACUAUUGAUGAUUGUACGAUAAAUUCCAAGUACCAUGAUAUAUUAUAUAGUUCUAGAGUGUUGUCAAUACCACUUAUUAGAUGUGAUGAUCAAAUAUAUAAUGAAAAUAUUAAAUUAGAAAUUAUUGAUGACCAAGUAUUUAAUGCAAAUAUUAAAGUGGAAAUUACUGAUGAAAUAGACCACAACAAUGAUCACCAAUCAUUACAAAUAGAAACUGAUAAUGAAGAAAAAAUAAACUCAAUGGAUACUGAAAUAAAAAUUGAAAGAGAUGUUAUAGACGGUUAUGAAUUUAAUGGAACAGUUGCUAAUGAAAACAAUUCUUCUGAAUUCAUUAUGCGUAUGAACUCGGACAAGACAUCUUACUCAAAUAAAAAUCCUUAUACUGACAUCUGUGAUAAAAAUGCUAAAGUAUCCAAUUUAAUAAAAUAUACAACAAUUGAUAACGGAGCAAAGCCUCAUAAAUGUGAUAUCUGUGAUAAAAAAUUUUCUAUACCAUCACUCUUAAAAAACCAUACAAGAACACAUACUGGAGAAAAACCCUUUAAAUGCGAUAUCUGUGAUAAAGGAUUUUCAAGGAAACCGUACUUAAAGAUUCAUACAAGUACACAUAAUGUAGUGAAGCCUUAUAAAUGUGAUAUCUGUGAUAAAGGGUUUUCUACUAAAUCAGAUUUGACAAAGCAUACUAGGACACAUACCGGAAUAAAGCCGUACAAAUGUGGUAUAUGUAAUAAAUCAUUUUCCCUUUCAUCAACUUUAAAAACCCAUAAAAUAACACAUACUGGGGAAAAGCCAUACAAAUGUUAUUUCUGUAAUAAGGGGUAUUCUACUAAAUCAGUAUUAACUCAGCAUACAAGAAUACAUACCGGUGAAAAGUUAUAUAAGUGUGAUUUUUGUGAUGAAUGGUUUUCCUUUAAAGCACAUUUAACAAAUCAUAUUAUGAAACAUACUGGAGAAAAGCCGUUUAUAUGCGAUAUCUGUGAUAAAGGAUUUUCAAGGAAAACGUACUUAAAGAUUCAUACAAGUACACAUAGUGUAGUGAAGCCUUAUAAAUGUGAUAUCUGUGAUAAAGGGUUUUCUACUAAAUCAGAUUUGACAAAGCAUACUAGGACACAUACCGGAAUUAAGCCGUAUAAAUGUGAUUCCUGUAACAAGCAUUUUCCUACAGCAUGGAAUUUAACAAAGCAUAAGAGGACACAUACGGGCGAAAAGCCAUUUAAAUGUGAUAUUUGUGAUAGAGAGUUUUCUUUUAAAGCAGAUUUAAUAAAGCAUAGAAGGAUACAUACGGGGGAAAAGCCGUAUAAGUGUGAAAUCUGUGAUAAAGCUUUUUCUCUAGUAUCAACUUUAAAAAUCCAUAAAAGGACACAUACCGGAGAAAAACAGAUUAAAUGCGACAUCUGUGAUAAAAAAUUUUCUUUGCUAAGCAAUUUAACAACCCAUACAAGGACACAUACUGGCGAAAAGUUAUAUAAAUGUGAUUUUUGUGAUAAACGUUUUUCUUCUAAUUCACAUUUAAUAAUCCAUAAAAUGACCCAUACCGGAGAAAAGCCGUACGAAUGUGAUGUAUGUGAUAAAGGGUUUUCUAAUAAACCAGAUUUAACAAAGCAUAGAAGGACACAUACCGGAGAAAAACCCUAUAACUGUGAUAUUUGUGAUAAAUCUUUUUCUCUCGUAUCAACUUUAAAAAUCCAUAAAAUGACACAUACCGGGGAAAAGCCAUACAAAUGCGAUAUCUGUAAUAAAGGGUCUUCUACUAAGUCACAAUUAACACAGCAUAAAAGGACACAUACCGGAGAAAAGCCACAUAAAUGUGAUAUCUGUGAUCGUGCUUAUUUUCAGAAAUCACAUUUAAAAAACCAUAAAAUGACACAUACCGGAGAAAAACCCUACAAAUGUGAUAUAUGCAGUAAAAGGUUUUCGAAUAAACCAGACUUGACAAAGCAUACAAGGAUACAUACCGGAGAAAAGCCGUACAAAUGUGGUAUCUGUGAUCAUGCUUUUUCUCAGAUUGGACAUCUAAAAAGCCAUAAAAUUACACAUACAGUAGAAAAGCUGUACAAAUGUGAUGUUUGUAAUCAAUCUAUUUCUCAUGCAUCAAAUUUUAAAAAGCAUAAAAGGAGACAUACUGGCGAAAAGCCAUAUAAAUGUGGUGUCUGUGAUGAAGGGUUCCACUUUAAAGCAGAUUUAAUAAAGCAUAGAAAAACACAUACUGGAUAAAGAUUGAAUAAAUGUGAUAUCUGCGAUCAACUGUUUCUCAUGAGUUAUCUAACAAACCUAUGCAAACUAUAACAAAACUAUACAUACUGAAAAUAUGCUGUACAAGCAGAAUCUGUGAUUAAUCUUUUUACAUCUUAGUACACCGGGAUAUGUCAAUAGUUUUUAACAUCAGUCUCAGUCGUACUAUUAAACCUUCUGAAAGUGCGAGCUAAGCACCGGUUAAAGUGGGUCAAAUGCAGAGAACUCAGUCUCUCAACCUUUGAAUGCUCAUUUAAUUUUUGACCUACCUUACUAGUUCUUCCAACAGUACUCUGAAGCAUUUUAGCUUAAUCUAAAAACUCCUGCUUCAUUAUAAUUAAUUAUUUAUUGUAUUAAUGUAUUGUAUAUUAAAUCUAUCAUUUAAUUUUUUUUCAGUGCCUAUUUGUAAGUAUAUAUUGAUAAAAAUUGUUGGUUUAAUGAGUCUUGUAACUUAUUAACUAUUAUAUAAUAUUUAACAUUCUGUACAAUGUAUUUAAGACACUAGAAAAGUAUAAUUUAUCUUCAUGUUGAUAUUUAUUUUAAGAUAACUAUUUGAUUGUAUUCAUUCAUAUUAAGCAAGCAGUGAAAAAAAUUAUUUAUCUGGUCCGAAUUCCUAAGGGAAAUAUGAUAUGCAUUUUCCUUUUGAUAUUGUUUUGUUAUAUUUGUAGUAUGUAAGUGUUAAAACUAUGUUGUGAAAUAAAGUCUUAAAAGAAAGAAAAGUAUUCUUGAA